AUGACCUCCUUAGGGUCAACAGAGAAUGUAAUUAACCCUUUAUUUUGUCCUGUGCAGACACACGGUGAGGUGGAGAGGCGCAUCGUGUCCCAGCUCCUCACACUCAUGGACGGCCUUAAGCAGCGCGCUCACGUCAUCGUCAUGGCAGCCACCAACAGACCCAACAGCAUUGACGCCGCCCUCAGGCGAUUUGGUACGAUGCCUCAGUGCACUUGUAGACCUAGAAUGUAACAGUUUCAGUUCUUAAAUCAAGUUCUUAGUUUUGCCAGAGGCCUCUUGUAUUUGAUAUAUUUGAUGAAUAUCUUCCUCCUGUUUUGAUUCAUUGUCAUUACUGCCUGUGAAUCAGCAGGGUUGGUGGUAACAUAGAAAUUAAAUGGAAUUUAAUAUAUUUAUAUACUGGUUAGUGAGACUGACCUUAAAUGUGUGAUGUUUCUCCUCAGGGCGUUUUGACAGGGAGGUGGACAUUGGCAUUCCUGACGCAACCGGCAGACUGGAGAUCCUCCAGAUCCACACCAAGAACAUGAAACUGUCCGACGACGUCGACCUCGAGCAGGUGUGUGUGUAUAGCACUACUGUAAUUUACAGAGUGAGGUUGUCAAUGUAACUCCGCCAUUUUGCGUGUGUGUGAGGUAGAAUGAAAAGUGAUUGUGAGUGGGUUUUCAAGUGAUCUCCCUGCCAUAUUGAUGCUGUGUGUGUGACCAUGUCUGUCUGUGUCCCCCAGGUUGCCAAUCAGACUCACGGCCACGUGGGUGCUGACCUGGCUGCUCUCUGCUCUGAAGCCGCCCUGCAGGCCAUCAGGAAGAAGAUGGAUCUCAUCGACCUGGAGGACGAGACCAUCGACGCAGAGGUCAUGAACUCCCUUGCCGUCACCAUGGACGACUUCAGAGUAAUGAACUGGAUUAUUUUCUCCAACACACACAGCACUCAAAGUAGCUUCUACUGCACUGAGAACUUUAUUCACCUUUCUGUUUUUCAUCACUAUGUAAAUCUGCAGCAUCCAGUAUGUAUUUUCGCUAAUGGUCUGAGGACAGACGUAACUAUUGAGCAUUAGAACCAGUCGUAGCAGAGAAUCGCUAAGCCAGCAGGACUAACCAGUUCUUUGUGGGUUGUGUUUCAGUGGGCUCUGAGCCAGAGCAACCCGUCUGCCCUGAGAGAGACUGUGGUGGAGGUGCCCAACAUCAGCUGGGAGGACAUCGGUGGUCUGGAGGACGUCAAGAGGGAACUCCAGGAGCUUGUACAGGUAGACCAUGUUCUAGUUAUAGGUACAUUACUGAUAAGAUGCAGAUUUAUAUGCUAUGAAAGCUAAUGUCAUUUGUUGAUUUUGUAUCAUUAAUGGGGAGAGUGAGGAGUCUGAAUGAUGAAUCCCUGUCAUAGUUAACCUUUUCACACGUACUAACAAACGGGUGUGAUCAUUCUACAGUGGUCCCUGCAGAAUACGUUCAAACCAGUGUGAUUAGAACGCUUAUUUAGAACGUCCAGUUUCGAUUGACGCAACAGUCAGCAUUUGAGCUAGCCACACUGUUUUUUCACAAACAUUUUGCACAAACACAGUCCUUACAAAGUUAUGUCCUGAAUGUGACCAGUUUUUAUUUUUGGAUGCAAUGUUCAGACAUUCCCAGAAGUAGCGACAGCAUACAUAAUCACCCAAACCGGGAAAUGUAGGCUACAUUAGUCCUAGCGCUAACUGAGGAAAGAUUGUCGUAACACAAGCGGUCAUAUUUAGAUAACUCUCGGCUGUCAGAAACCACAAUAUGAAUUAGCUAAUAGCAAUUACUAUUUAAUUCAUCACAUCACGGGUGAGCUCACCAUUGAUCUAAAUAAUUGAGUAAAAUACUUUCUAGAAAUCUAAAGUAAUCUGACGAUGGGUAGUUUGUGCACGGCGCCAUGUUUUUUUUUUCUUCUUCGUCAACCAAAGAUAAUAAGAGGAGAUAAGAUGAGUUUGGUCUGUUUGCAGUAUGCAUGUUGAAGGGUGUGUGUCGUCUACGAUCAUUCACUGCCCUUCAUUCACUUCUGGAAGUUUACCCUUCACCUCAUUAUAACAUCUUUGGUCUGACAGACGUUUACGUGACACUCAGAAUGCAUUGUAUAAUGUCAACAAACAUGGCGCCACACAAAUCUGGCAAAUAGCUUAGCAUUAGCUCGAUAUAAUCAGCAGACCCCUCAAAAAAAGUAUUUUACACACAUCAUAGGUGUCCAUUACAAUCUAUGCAAUAAUCAGAAUGCAUAAUUUGUCACUAGUACUUGAAAAUGUUAACUGUAAAUACAUUAUGCUCCAUACAUAUACAUACACUGUAUGCUACAGUAGAAACGACAACACGAAAAACAGAAAAUAAGGCACUUCCUUUGAUAGGAACGCACACAUGUCCAAAGUUAUUAUUUGUAAGGAAAACAACAAGGAAGGCAAUGUGAGCGCCAGACAGGAAAUGUUCCAGUUCAUGCAAGACUGCGCAAAUGUCUGCAUACUUCAUCUGUGGAAACAUUGGUGAAGUGCUUGGGCUCUCCUCGAUUAGAGAAGUUUGUCUGGCUCAGUAAAGCCUCAAACACAAAUUGUCCGCAACACUGAAAUGGGCUACUUCUAUGUGAAUUAAUGAGGAGGCGGAACACACCUCAAUUCAAACUGUUAGAAAAUCAUUUGAAAUUGACAAGUUGAAACAUAGCUUAUAGAUAAUUAGCAGGCAGCACGUGUUAACUGUCAUGUUGCGUAUCAAUCACAUUUUGGAACAGUGAGUUCAUUCUGACAUCACAUGCAUAAAACAACUCACGCUGGGGCGACCGUUAGCGAUAUUUGGAACUCACGUAGGAAAAGGUUAAUUAACGGUUUGAUUAACCUUCAUGGCCUGCUUUUCUUCUUCUCUUCAGUACCCAGUGGAGCACCCAGACAAGUUCUUGAAGUUCGGCAUGACCCCAUCCAAGGGAGUGCUGUUCUACGGGCCCCCAGGUUGCGGUAAGACCCUGCUGGCCAAGGCCAUUGCCAACGAGUGCCAGGCCAACUUCAUCUCCAUCAAAGGGCCUGAGUUGCUCACCAUGUGGUUCGGAGAGUCCGAGGCCAAUGUCCGAGAGAUCUUCGACAAGGUAAGGCUAAACAGAUUUAUCAAGAUCCCUCUAACCUCAUAUUUACCUGUAUUAUGUUCUGUAUGUUGUUUUUAUCGAUUGUAUGGCAUCUAAUUUGUGAGUUACACAUGUACAAUAGAUGGUUAGUAAAUGUGAAACGCUUAUUCUCCUUUUCCAUUGCAAAAUGUUUUCUGUUGUGCCCCAAUAUUGUACCCUCCUAAACCCUCUGUCUUCCAGGCUCGCCAGGCCGCCCCCUGCGUGCUCUUCUUUGACGAGCUGGACUCCAUCGCCAAGGCGCGUGGCGGCAACGCGGGUGAUGGUGGCGGAGCAGCCGACCGCGUCAUCAACCAGAUCUUGACGGAGAUGGAUGGCAUGUCCAGCAAGAAGAACGUCUUCAUCAUCGGUGCCACCAACAGGUUGGCCAUCUUUACCCCUUACUCUGCUUCACCGUUAUUCUUACUAAUUGAGUUAAAACAUUUUUAGCACUGGGGUUGCUGCUCUAUGCAAAUAUGUGGUAGUCUUCCUGACCUUAGUUGAAUGCACUUUGUUCUUAGGUGGACAAUAAGGUACUGUAUAAUGAGAUAUAGAAAUGUAGGUUAAGCUAAAUGACUAAACUGUGUGCUGUACCAGGCCUGAUAUCAUCGACCCGGCAAUCCUGAGGCCCGGCAGACUGGACCAGCUCAUCUAUAUCCCCCUGCCAGACGAGAAGUCCCGCAUAAACAUCCUCGGAGCCAACCUCAGGAAGUCACCCAUCGCCAAGGCAAGCCUCUAUCUAUUUAUAUGUGUAUCUGGCCAUGCACUGACAUUGUGCUGACUAAACUGUUUUUCCCACCUCGGUCAGCAUGUUCUGAUGUGAGCGGUUGGGGCUCAUCAAAUGUCUUCAUUCCAGGCUGGGCUACAUGUAAUGGGUUUGUGGGAAAAGAUGUUGAUGAUAUGGAAAUUGCUGUUUGUGUGAGAAAUAUAAAAUGUGUUUUAUAAUCCCAUUUACUGUUUGAUCUUUGUCUGGAAGUGGUUUUAACACUCCCUCCACCCCUGUCUAAUUAUAGGAUGUGGACCUGGAUUUCUUGGCCAAGAUGACCAAUGGUUUCUCUGGAGCUGACCUGACAGAGAUCUGCCAGAGGGCCUGUAAGAUGGCCAUCAGGGAGUCCAUCGAGAACGAGAUCAGGAGGGAGCGGGAGAGACAGACCAACCCCUCAGCAAUGGUGAGUUUAGUCACUAAUCUUUAUUUGUUCAAUGACGCAGUCUAAACUAUAGCUAACUUUGGUGCAUCGUGAAGCCUGGAUAAUGUAGGAUCUGGGCAAAUCACCAGCAGAUUUAAUUUCAGGAAGAAACAAAACAACAUUUUUGGGCCAUCUGUAUUCAUUAUUAAAUGACUGAGUAAAUCAACUGGGGCACUUCUUUGAUUUCUAUUAAUUAUUUAUACACAGGAAGUAUUUUUUAUUUUGCAAGGGAGUAGGGAUAAUGCAUUUAACCUUAAACCGAUUCACACACAUACGGAGGAAGAGAAGGCGUGAUUGUAUUUUGUAGAUACAGUGGGGGAAAAAAGUAUUUAGUCAGCCACCAAUUGUGCAAGUUCUCCCACUUAAAAAGAUGAGAGGCCUGUAAUUUUCAUCAUAGGUACACGUCAACUAUGACAGACAAAAUGAGAACACAUUUUCCAGAAAAUCACAUUGUAGGAUUUUUUAUGAAUUUAUUUGCAAAUUAUGGUGGAAAAUAAGUAUUUGGUCAAUAACAAAGGUUUCUCAAUACUUUGUUAUAUACCCUUUGUUGGCAAUGACACAGGUCAAACGUUUUCUGUAAGUCUUCACAAGGUUUUCACACACUGUUGCUGGUAUUUUGGCCCAUUCCUCCAUGCAGAUCUCCUCUAGAGCAGUGAUGUUUUGGGGCUGUCGCUGGGCAACACGGACUUUCAACUCCCUCCAAAGAUUUUCUAUGGGGUUGAGAUCUGGAGACUGGCUAGGCCACUCCAGGACCUUAAUGCUUCUUACGAAGCCACUCCUUCGUUGCCCGGGCGGUGUGUUUGGGAUCAUUGUCAUGCUGAAAGACCCAGCCACGUUUCAUCUUCAAUGCCCUUGCUGAUGGAAGUUUUCACUCAAAAUCUCACGAUACAUGGCCCCAUUCAUUCUUUCCUUUACACGGAUCAGUCGUCCUGGUCCCUUUGCAGAAAAACAGCCCCAAAGCAUGUUUCCACCCCCAUGCUUCACAGUAGGUAUGGUGUUCUUUGGAUGCAACUCAGCAUUCUUUGUCCUCCAAACACGACGAGUUGAGUUUUUACCAAAAAGUUCUAUUUUGGUUUCAUCUGACCAUAUGACAUUCUCCCAAUCCUCUUCUGGAUCAUCCAAAUGCACUCUAGCAAACUUCAGACGGGCCUGGACAUGUACUGGCUUAAGCAGGGAGACACGUCUGGCACUGCAGGAUUUGAGUCCCUGGCGGCGUAGUGUGUUACUGAUGGUAGGCUUUGUUACUUUGGUCCAAGCUCUCUGCAGGUCAUUCACUAGGUCCCCCCGUGUGGUUCUGGGAUUUUUGCUCACCGUUCUUGUGAUCAUUUUGACCCCACGGGGUGAGAUCUUGCGUGGAGCCCCAGAUCGAGGGAGAUUAUCAGUGGUCUUGUAUGUCUUCCAUUUCCUAAUAAUUGCUCCCACAGUUGAUUUCUUCAAACCAAGCUGCUUACCUAUUGCAGAUUCAGUCUUCCCAGCCUGGUGCAGGUCUACAAUUUUGUUUCUGGUGUCCUUUGACAGCUCUUUGGUCUUGGCCAUAGUGGAGUUUGGAGUGUGACUGUUUGAGGUUGUGGACAGGUGUCUUUUAUACUGAUAACAAGUUCAAACAGGUGCCAUUAAUACAGGUAACGAGUGGAGGACAGAGGAGCCUCUUAAAGAAGUUGUUACAGGUCUGUGAGAGCCAGAAAUCUUGCUUGUUUGUAGGUGACCAAAUACUUAUUUUCCACCAUAAUUUGCAAAUAAAUUCAUAAAAAAUCAUACAAUGUGAUUUGUCUGUCAUAGUUGACGUGUACCUAUGAUGAAAAUUACAGGCCUCUCAUCUUUUUAAGUGGGAGAACUUGCACAAUUGGUGGCUGACUAAAUACUUUUUUUCCACACUGUAUAAAUUAUUUAACCCCCCUUCCCCCCACAGGAGGUGGAGGAGGACGACCCUGUCCCAGAGAUCCGUAAGGACCACUUUGAGGAGGCCAUGCGUUUCGCCCGCCGCUCCGUCAGCGACAACGACAUCCGCAAAUACGAGAUGUUCGCCCAGACGUUACAGCAGAGCAGAGGCUUCGGUAGUUUCCGGUAAGCAAAAUGCACAUAACACAUAGCGGAUGAUGGUGUUGAAUAGUACUGUUACCUAACUCCGCUCCCAUGUGUCCUAGAUAAUUUAUAGCCUAUAUACACCACCAGUGGGGAACAUUCAUUCAACUUUUCUUCUUACAAAGUACAUCUAUUCUAUGUACAGCUAACAAGCCAUGUGUUUUACAUAAGGAAUGUACUGGCACUACCAAGCCGUCUCGCCCUGAUAUGUACUGUACUGAGCUGAACAAUUCCUCUCCCGUCCUCGUCUCAGGUUCCCCACUAACUCUGCGCCAGGUGCCGGGCCCAGCCAGGGCUCUGCUGGUGGCAGCGGUGGCACAGUCUUCAACGAGGACAACGACGACGACCUCUAUGGUUAA